CGACCCAGCGGUCAUGGCCGGCACUCUGCCCCAGCACGGCUCCCCCAAAUCCGGCUACAGCGCCAACAACGCCGCGGCAGUGCCAGCUAUCACCCAGACGGACUCCAGGGACAAAUGGAGCAAAAAGAUGGACUUUCUCCUGUCUGUCAUCGGAUUUGCGGUGGACUUGGGCAACGUUUGGAGAUUUCCUUACAUUUGUUAUCAGAACGGUGGUGGCGCUUUCCUGAUCCCCUACAUUUUGAUGGCCGUCUUCGGUGGCGUGCCGCUGUUUUACAUGGAGCUGGCACUGGGGCAGUUCCACAGAACUGGAGCCAUAUCCAUAUGGAAACACAUCUGUCCCAUUUUCAAAGGAAUAGGAUAUGCCAUCUGUGUCAUCGCUCUGUACGUGUCCUUCUACUACAACACCAUCAUCGCCUGGGCCCUCUUCUACUUCUACUCCUCCUUCUCCAGCAUCCUCCCCUGGACAAACUGUGAUAAUGUCUGGAACACCCCCGACUGUACCAACUACUUUGGCGUGGAUAACGUGACUUGGACAAAUUCCUCCAGGUCUCCGGCAGAGGAAUUUUACACGAGGAACGUCCUUGAGCUCCACAAGGCUUCAGGGCUGAGAGACGUCGGGGGUGUUCGCUGGCAGCUGAUGCUUUGCCUCUUUCUUAUUUUCACUAUAGUUUACUUCAGCCUCUGGAAGGGUGUGAGAACCUCAGGGAAGGUUGUGUGGGUCACUGCCACCUUGCCAUACAUUGUGCUUUUUAUCCUGCUGAUUCGUGGUGCAACUCUGCCCGGAGCCUGGAGAGGUGUGGUGUUUUAUCUGAAACCACAGUGGGACAAGCUGCUGGAGACCAGUGUGUGGGUGGAUGCUGCUGCUCAGAUCUUCUUCUCUCUGGGUCCUGGGUUCGGGGUCCUCCUAGCGCUUUCCAGCUACAACCCUUUUACAAAUAACUGCUAUCGUGAUGCCAUUGUGACCAGUUUGGUGAACUGUCUGACCAGCUUUGUGUCAGGCUUUGUAAUCUUCACGGUGCUGGGCUACAUGGCUGAGAUGAGGAAAGUAGAAGUUGAGGAUGUGGCCAAAGAUAAAGGGCCAAGUCUACUCUUCAUCACAUACCCAGAAGCAAUAGCAAACAUGAUGGGCUCUACUUUUUUUGCAAUCAUUUUCUUUGUUAUGAUGAUCACACUGGGACUCGACAGCACGUUUGGAGGGCUAGAGGCAAUCAUCACCGCUGUGCUGGAUGAAUAUCCAGACUAUUUCUCUCACAGACGUGAGCUUUUUGUUUUGGGCUUGGUGGUCAUCUGCUUUUUGGGCUCUCUAAGCACCCUUACGAAUGGUGGCGCCUAUGUGGUGAAGCUACUGGAGGAGUUUGGAGUAGGAUGCUCCAUCAUUGCAGUGGGUUUCCUUGAAGCUAUUGCAGUUUCCUGGUUCUAUGGAAUCAAAAGAUUUAGUAAUGAUGUUCAGGCAAUGCUUGGCCAAGCCCCAGGAUUGUUCUGGAGAGUGUGCUGGGUCGCCAUAAGUCCGGCUUUUCUGGCGUAUAUCAUAGUGAGCUCUCUGCUGAAAGCACCUCCCCUCACGCUGUUUGACUAUAAGUAUCCAGACUGGAGCAUCACGGUUGGCUACAUCAUCGGCUUCUCAUCCUUCAUGUGGAUCCCCAUCUACAUGGUCUACAAGCUGGUGUGGACCCCUGGUUCUCUCAAACAGAGAUUAGCUGUGUGUCUGAGACCAGAGAGGACCAUCCCAGACAUCCAUGCAGACACCCUGAACAUGGCCACCGUGUCACAGAAAGACAUGAACACCUCUGUGUGCUUGUGAACUCCUCUUUAAACCACAAUCUCAAGAAAUUUGUAAUUGAACCCCAACCUGACCUGUCAUCAUGAUUGUUCUCCUGGUGGUGAUGUUGAACAUGUCAGUUGGCCUUCACAGCAGACUGGUGACAAGUUGAAUGCUGCUACAUUUAAGGAUGUAAGAUAGCAAUAGUUAUAUCUUUGCUCAGUAUGUGAUUUGGACAUGCAACAACUGCACAGUCUACAGCUCUGUAAUAUGGCUAUUUUCUCAUGUUUGAGUAGCUUGUCAUAUGUUCAGUCAUGUGUCUUUUUUAAUAUCAAUGUAGUUGCAUCUCAACAAGAAAAUGUUUGAAAUAUUAUUGAAAUGUUAAUUUAUUUCAGUAAUUCAAUUAAAAAGUAAAAACUCAUAAAUAGAUUUAUGACAGAGACAGUGAGAUAUUUCAAGAAUUUAUUAUUAUGGCUUACAGAUAAUAAAAAUCUAAAAAUCUGUUUUCAGAAAAUUAGAAUAUUACAUGAGAUAAAUAAAAUAUUAUUUUACUUCAGUGAUACUGGCUUUACUGAAGUAUGUCCCUGCACUACACAUUGUUCGCUCUCAAUAUUUGGUCCUUUUGCAUGAAUUAUUGCAUCAGUUUAGCGUGGUAUGGAGGAGAUCAGCCUGUGCCCCUGCUAAGAUGCCCAGGUUGCUUUAGCAACAGUAAUGCAUGAGGUGCUCUAAAACGUCCUGGUAGACAGCUGCGCUACGUUUAGACUUCAGAAAGCCCAGUGGACCAACACCAGGAGAUAGCAUGGCUCUCCAAAUCUUCACUGACUGUGAAAACGUCACACUGGACUUCAGGCAGCUUGGAUUCUGUGCCUCUCUACUCUUGCUCCACGCUAUUGGACCUUGAUUUCCAAAUGAAAUUAAAAACUGACUUUCAUUAGAAAAGCAAAUUUUGGACUUUUUGACCAACAGUCUAGCCCAGAUAAGAUGUUUCUGAGAUGUUUACUGCUCAGUAAAGGAGUUAAUUAACACUAUGAAUGUGACAUCUGGAGUCUAUGUCCUGCUUAUGUCUGUGUGAGGCAGCUCUCAAAGCUCUGACUCCAGCACCUCUCUCUACCGCACCUUGUUUCUUUUACACAAGUUUCCAUUGACAUGCUUGGAUACAGGACUCUGACCAGCCAUCUUCUUUAAAAAUCAACUUUUGUGGAUUACCCUCUGUGUGGAAGGUGUUAGUUACCGUCUACUGGACUAUUGUCAAGUCAGCAGUCUUCCCCACGAUUGUGUGGGUCAUAGCAUUGAAUUUCUGUGUUAAAAAUCAUCUUUUAAUUUGACUUGAGUGACAUUCUAAUUUUAUGAGCAACAGAUUUUUGGAUUUUUAUUAGCUGUAGGCAAUAAUUAUUCAAAUUAACAGAAAUAAAUGCUUGAUAUAUAUCAGCCUUUGUGUAACAAAUAUGAAAUAUAUUAUUGAAAUCGAUUUACUGUUUACAUACAUUCUAAUUUAUUGAGAUGUACCCAUAUCAGACUUUGCCACGGACAGUAGCACUAGGAAUAUUUAAUCGUAAUAUUAAUUUAUGUAAUUAGGGAGCACUUCCUGCAUUGUUUUCUCUACUUUAUGAAAGUUUAAUGAAAUUAUGGCAGCAUCCUAAGCAGUAUUAAUAUUACUACAUUUACUUUUAGGUUCAAAGGAUCAAGUCCCAAACUAACUUAACAUGUUUGUAAGGGUUUACUAAAGCCUAUUUUAUAUUCUGGCUCAAUUUUUCAUUAGGAUCUAAGGACUGCUGCUGAAUUUAUUUCCAAAAAAGUGUAUUUCCCCUGCAAAACCUACAAGAUGUUAAUGAACAACACUGAAUUUCACCUUGACUUUUAUUCUUGUUCACUUUACAAGCAGAAAUCCUUUUUCAUUAAAACAAGUAGGAAGAAUUGUAUCUAAUUUUGGAGUUGAUAAAUCCUAAAAUAAUAGAAAACCAUACUAAUAGCGUCCGUUGACUACAGUCAGACUGUUUUGCCUUAAGCUAAACAUGUGUACAAAAAUGGUAAAGGUGGUCAUGAUAUUGUGCCUCUCCAUAAAAAGGUUUUACUCUAAAGACUGUUCAGAUGUGUAUCAGCGGAUAUAUUAUGUUUUAGUCACAAGUGUUAUUUUAAAUGCUUCAUUCAGAGACUUAUGUAAUAAUUGUUGUGUCCUCCCUGACAUGGUUUCUGCAAAAUGUGUAUAAAGUGAUUGUAAUA